CCCCACAACAAGUACACAGCAAACAAAACAAGCCGUCGCCGUUUCGCAACCCCACCUCCCUCGCCCAGUCAAAGCCAGUCUGGCUGCCUGUCUCCUCUGCCGCCGCGGGCCUCUCUUCCUGCCCUCCGCCCCUUUAACUCGCCGGCCUCGCAUUCGUCGCUGCUUCCGCCCUCGCCGACUCAGUCUCGGGCCGAGCGGGAGCCGAAUCUGGGGAGGGAUGGGGCUGUCGCCGGGUACGGCGGGGGGAAGCAGCGCCUACGAGUGCUCCUUCAAGAUCCUGCUCAUCGGGGACUCGGGCGUCGGCAAGAGCAGCCUCCUCGUCAGCUUCGUCGCCGCCGCCACCCUCGACGACGACAUCACGCCCACCAUCGGAGUUGAUUUUAAAAUUAAGUUCCUUACUGUUGGUGGAAAGAAACUGAAGCUGACUAUAUGGGAUACUGCUGGCCAAGAGAGGUUUAGGACAAUCACUGGUUCCUACUACAGAGGUGCUCAAGGCAUUAUUCUAGUAUAUGAUGUCGCGAAGAGAGAGAGCUUCACAAAUUUGGCUGAUGUAUGGACUAAGGAAAUAGACUCGAACUCAUCAAACAAAGACUGCAUAAAAAUGCUUGUUGGAAACAAAGUUGACAAGGACGAUGAAAGAACAGUCACAAGAGAAGAAGGUCUUGCCUUUGCAGAAGAAUCUGGAUGUCUGUUUCUUGAAAGCAGUGCAAAAACACGAGAAAAUGUCGAGAACUGCUUUGAACAACUCACACUGAAGAUUCUCGAGGUUCCAAGUCUCUUGGAGGAAGGCUGUUCGUCGGUCGUCAAGAGGAACAUCCUGAAACAGCAGCAGGAAAGUCAUGCAAAGUAUGGUGGUAGAUGCUGUCAAUAGAUCCGUGCCGCAUGACAGAGCUCGCUAUCUCUUCCAUCGCAGGCAACUGUAGCUACUGUUGCGUGCUCAUUGUACAUGAGUUGUAUAUCUAGACAGUCUGUGAGUAAAAAGGGUGGGGAAAGAAGCAGUCGUUGGGGUUUUGGAGAGUGAUUAAAAUUGGUUUGUACAAAGGACAGAGGGAACGUCAUGUCCACUAUCUCUCUCUCUCUCUCUCUCUGUAGAGGUUUCAUGGUCACACUUGUAAUGAGUUCAGUUGGCAAUGAAAAUGGAAGAAUUAUUUGGUUUUUU